AUGGGUGUCUUCGACCAUAUCAAGAACCGUAACGACGCCUCGUUGGUCCAAGGUACUACUUUCACGGCUAACGACGAAAGCAGUCAGAAGGCCGAUGGUGAGGCUGCUUUGGAGCAAUCCGCUGAAGAUUCAUCAGACUCUACCAGUCUGGAGGCUCUGAACGAGAAGGAAGUUGCCCUGCAUCCCAAUGAAGUUACCGAGGAUGCUCUUCCAGGUGUUCAGAAGGCAGAGGCCGCUGCGCUUGUUUGGAGCAAAACCGCGGUUUAUCUGACCUACGCUUGGAUUUGGCUGUGCUUCUUCAUGUUGGCUCUUCAACAGUCGAUUGGAAGCAACGUUCAAUCGUUUGCCUACGCAGACUUCUCUGCUGCUCCGGAAGUGAGUACGGCGGGUAUCUUGGCGUCUAUUAUUGGUGGUGUUUUGAAACUGCCAAUUGCCAAAACCUUGAACAUUGUGGGACGUGCCGAGGGUUUCCUUCUUUUCGUCGGUGUUUACAUUCUGGGAAUCAUAAUUCUUGCUGCUUGCAACGGACCCAACUCCUAUGCUGCUGGCUAUGUACUUUACUGGAUCGGCUACGAUGCGAUCUACAUGAUUUUGGAUAUCUUCAUCGCCGAUACCUCUGGAUUGAAGAACAGAGCCUUUGCAUUUGGUUUCGCCAGUACUCCAUUCAUCUGUACCGCUUUCACUGGUCCCCUUGCUGCUCAGUCGUUCCUGAAGAUGACUACCUGGAGAUGGGCUUACGGAGCUUUCGCUAUCAUCAUGCCUUUUGUGUUUGUUCCUCUGGCUCUUGUCUUCAAGUUCUACCAACUCAAGGCUGAGAAGAUGGGUCUUUUCGUCAGAGACAAGAGUGGCCGUUCCUUCGCUCAAUCCCUUAUGUUUUACAUUCACGAGUUUGACGUCGUUGGUGCUUUCAUCUUGAUGGCUGCUUUCAUUCUGUUCUUGCUGCCAUUCAGUCUUGAGACCUACGGCCGUGCUGGCUACAAGAGUGCCACCUUCAUCGCCAUGGUGGUGAUCGGAUUUUUGCUGUUCUUUGUCUUUGCUGCUUGGGAGAAGUUCUUCGCUCGCACCCACUUCGUCAAAUGGGAGUUGUUCCGUCAAAGAACCGUUCUGGGUGCUUUCUGCACUGCAGCCAUUCUCUACUUCAGUUUCUACUCUUGGGAUCUGUACUACUACAACUUUGUCUAUGUUGUCUACAACUUGAGUGUUUCCAACACUGGUUACAUGUCGCAGAUCUACAACAUUGGCUCUACUUUCUGGUCAGUGGUGUUUGGUGUGUGGGUUCGCUACAUCAAGACCUUCAAGUAUACCUGUCUCUUUUUCGGUCUUCCACUCAUGUUCCUCGGUGCCGGUCUUAUGAUCCGCUUCCGUGGCCAAGAGAGCAACAUUGGCUACAUCGUCAUGUGUCAGAUCUUCAUUGCCUUUGCAGGUGGUACUCUUGUCAUCGGUGAGGACAUGGCUGUCAUGGCUGCUGCCGACCGUGAAGGUGUUCCAAUGAUGCUUUCGAUUUUGGGUCUCAGUUCGAGUGUGGGAGGUGCCAUUGGUUAUGCCGUGGCAGCUGCCAUUUACGACAACAUCUUCCCAUCUGCUUUGCGUAAGGCUUUACCUGCUGACUCUGCUGAUGAUCUUUGGUCUACCAUCUACCUUGGCGGUGUUACUGUCCAGCGUUCUUACCCAGUUGGAGGAGACAUCAGAAAUGCCAUCAACUACGCUUGGGGUCAAUCCCAGAGAAACGGUGCCAUCUCGGCCACCUGCAUUCUGGUAUUGGCAAUUCCUUCAAUUGGUAUCUGGAAAAACUACAGAAUCGACAAGAAGCAGAACAAGGGUACUGUUAUCUAA